GGAGGAGGGAAGGAAGGGAGGGAGGGAGGCACGGCCGUGCCACGGGGGGCUCUGCGGCGGAAACUCGGUGCCCUCCGAGCCCCGCUCCCCGGCGCAUUCCCUCCGGGAGCAUCCUCCUCUGGGAGCAUCCCCAGCCGGGAGCAUCCCUCUUCGGGCACAGCCCACUCCGGGAGCAUCCCUCUCCGGGAGCAUCCCUCUCCAGCCACAGCCCCCUCCGGGAGCAUCCCUCUCCGGGCACAGCCCCUGCUGGGAGCAUUCCUCUCCGGGCACAGCCCCCGCCGCAUCUCCCGCGGCGGUGACGCCUCGGGUGCGGCCGCUCGCCGCACAUCUCCUCCCUCCACUUCAGUAAGUUCAUCCGGAUUUUUUUUUUUUUUUUAACCUGCAAGUUCUUUUUUUUUUUUUUUUUGUUUGUUUGUUUGUUUGGUAGUUUUCCGUCUGUUUGGAAGUGCAGGAGCAGAGGGCGGGCACCAAUCCGGUGACUCUCCCCAGAUUCCCCCGGGAGAGGCGCUCCGAGGGCGCAGCCGGCUCCCGUCCCUCCUGAUCCCGGCAAUCCCGGCUUGCGAGCACUCAAAGCAUUCACCUGUCGACCUCGCCUGAAAUAAAUGGUAACGUGUUUGCAUCUCUCAGGUUAUAGUGUAAAGAAAGGUGCAUGCUUACCCACCCUAUGAACAAACAGGAUGCUCACCAGAGCCCCAGGUGUUGUUGCCCAAGUGUUCCUUCUUCUAAGCAUAGUCCUUGUUAUUGCUAUUGCAGUGAUUCAGAUAAAUCAGCAACAGAUCCUCUCCCCAGGGCUUAAGUAUGGAAUAGUCCUUGAUGCUGGAUCCUCUCGGACUACAGUUUAUGUCUAUGAGUGGCCGGCGGAAAAAGAGAACAACACAGGAGUAGUGAGCCAAACCUUCAAGUGCAAUGUGAAAGGCCCUGGUAUAUCCAGCUAUGAGAGCAGCCCUGGAGCUCUUGCCAAGCCUCUUGAUGACUGUCUGAAUAAAGUCAAGGAGAGAAUACCAGUCCAUCUGCAUAAAAACACUUCUGUUUAUCUGGGGGCUACAGCUGGCAUGAGACUGCUGAGGUUGCAAAAUGCAUCGGCAGCCAAUGAAGUCCUUGCAAGCAUUCACAGCUACUUCAGAGCACAGCCUUUUGAAUUUAGGGGUGCGCAGAUCAUAACUGGGCCAGAGGAAGGGGUGUAUGGAUGGAUUACGGCCAACUAUUUAAUGGGCAAUUUCUUAGAGAGAAACCUCUGGAGGACAUGGGUCCAUCCUUACAGAAAAGAAACUAUGGGUGCACUGGACCUUGGAGGAGCUUCCACUCAAAUUUCAUUUAUCCCUGAGGACCCUGAGGAGCACCUCAAUAGCACCUUGCAAGUGAAGUUGUAUGGUUACAACUACAAUGUCUACACUCACAGCUACCAGUGCUAUGGGAGAGAUGAAGCUGAGAAAAGGCUUUUAGCAUUGCUGCUCCAGAAAUCAAACACCAGUACCAGUGUGGAUAAUCCCUGUUACCCUCAAAACUAUAACACAGCAUUAACGAUGAAGUACUUCCUUGGCAGCCUUUGUACACAGUCCCUGAGACCAGAAAAUUACUACCCAAACCAGCUUGUGAAUUUCCAUGGAACAGGAGACCCAGGUCUGUGCCAGGAGAUGGUUUCUUUAUUGUUUAACUUCACUGCUUGCAGAGACAGAGAGGACUGUCCAUUUAAUGGAAUACAUCAGCCAAAAGCAAAAGGGAAUUUUGUGGCUUUCUCUGGAUUCUACUAUACAAUUAAUGCUUUGAAUUUAUCUGGGCACUUUUCCCUAGAUGACUUCAAUUCAAGUAUGUGGCUUUUCUGUUCACAGAGCUGGGCACAGCUCCAGUUUAUGCUGCCUAAAUUUGAAGAAAUAUAUGCUAGAUCCUACUGUUUCUCAGCCAAUUUCAUUUAUUACUUGCUUGUACAUGGUUACAACUUCAAUGCAGAAACUUGGCCACAGAUACAUUUUCAAAAGGAGGUUGGUAACAGCAGUAUAGCAUGGUCACUCGGUUACAUGUUAAGCCUCACCAACAUGAUUCCAGCAGAAGGAAAGCUGAUCCAGUUACCUCUGAAACCUUCCCUGUUUGCUGGGCUCCUUGUUUUCCUCACAGCUACAGCACUGCUGUGUCUCCUCUUCCUCAUCUACUUGUGUGUUGUAUCGCACCAUCGGAAGGACGUCCCUCGUGUUGAACAUGUAUUUAUUCCAGAAUGAAUGAACUUGGCUGAAGGCAAAAUAAAAACUUUUAUAGUGCUGUUAAGCAGAACUUUAUUUUGCCCCCAAUUUUUCAAAAAUAAAUACAACAGAAAUCUGGACCAGAAGCAUAAAUAGAGAAGAGGCACAAAGAAAUCUGUGAUAUGGUGAAUGGGAGUGCUUUUGAAAUAUUUUGGUAAUUGUUUCUGUAAACCUAAUUUGUCCAGUGUGCAGCAGAGAAAACAUGUCACUUUGCUUUGUAAGGGAUGAUUUGCCUUUUCUUGCCAGGUAUGCAUUUUUUUUUUUGUUCAUUAACUCUGUGCUAACUGGUGAGCUCGAGUUGUGAUGGAUUUGAUCACAGUGGCAAUUGUUUAAGAUAAAAUUAAACAAGCCAGUAGCAACUGUGGGAGGUGAGAAUGUUAGCUGUCCUUGUGUGCAGUGCUGACACUAAAAGCCCUGAAGUAAUCUCAUUUCUGAAAUUGAACAAGCACUGGAUAUUGACAAGAACUGAAAGGAAGAGCUGUGAUAGAAUUGAUUUUAUUUCUGUUCCAAAUGGAUUGAUCCCCAUCACAAAAAGGUGUAAUAAACUGUCAACACCUGAGCCUGUCAUUCUCCAGGCCAGCAAAACACCUUUUCUGUGUGGGUUCAGGAAGGCAUUACUGGAGCUGCAGUCAUGGCAGCCUUUCCACUGUCCUUCAGCAGCACUGGGGUCCACCUGGAAGAUGUUCUGCCAAACACACUGACUCCAGAGCUUUCCUAAAAGUGCUGCUGCCUUCAGGCAGCAAACAGCUGGCUUCCUUGAAAGCCCAGGCAUUCCUCAACAAACCUCACAGGACUAUCUCAGCUUCAUCUAUACCCAGUAUUAAUUAGGGGAUAGAGAAGAGAAUAGUGGCCAGUAUUUUUACCCAUAAAUAAUGGUUUUAAUUUCAGUCUUUUGUUUCUGUAUGACCUUCUUACUUAUGUUUGGUUGUGGGGUUGGCGUUGUUUUCUUUUCUGUUUUUUUUCAUAGGCUGACAGAUGAUUUGAAGGGAGCUAAAUAUCUUUUCAAAUGAAAAAAAGAAAAAAGUGAUUUUUCAAGCAGAUCAAUAGGGCUUUGUCCCUUCUCUAUUGAUAUAAUGCUAAGUCUUGUCAGUCUCACUGGAGUAGCAAUAAAGUAAAAGGUAUUAUAAGAUGAUGAAGAGCUCUGUGGCAUUAAACUUAUAUCUGAUAAAGUAUAAAAUUUACUUCAGAGUGCAAGGACAUUACAGAGGCUGGCAUGAGAUAUUUCAUGUGAUGGAUCUGUAACUGCAGUUACGGGUGAAAAAAAUCCCAGACAGUUGGAUGAGAGCAUUAAAUGUAUUCUUUUGUUGCCAAAUUUUUGUAGAAAAUUGUAUUCUGGAAUAUUUACUUGCCCUACAAAACAUUUGCUUGGUGAGUGGCAGGGCCAUUCAGAUGUGGUUUUACACAAAUGGAACACUCUUGGAAGUUAGUCUCUGUAGAGCUGGCAGCUAAAGAACAAGUAAAUUUGUUCAAUAAACAUCUGGACUUCCAGAUGUACUUGGAUAGGCCUAGUAUCUGUUCAAAGAAUAAAAUUCCCCCUGUGAACCACCUGUUUUGCUUUUUCAGUAGUUGCCUCUUGUUCUUAUGUAUAUAGUCUCCCCCAGUGUCAGCAGGAUACCUACAUGCUCUGUCAUACCUCUCCUGGCAGUUUCAGGUGGGAAAGCUGAGGGUGUUGAACUUCCAGCCAAGCAGCUUCAGUGACCACAGCAGACUCCUUCCCCAAGUGUGAGCUGGAACCAGAUCAACAGGCCAGAUCCCUGUCCUGCUGUCUAGAACCAAAAGGAUCUCUGGGAGAGACAGGGAAGUUGACAACACUUGGGAAUGUGUGCAAACCAGAGGUUAUUUAUCUUUUUAUACUCUUCAGUGCCUGCUAUGAAGAUUAAUAAAAUUGUGAAAAGU